AGUGCGCGGCGCCCCUCGCGUGCAGCCGGACGCAGGUGGAGAGCGACGACGCGACGGUGCGAGUGCGCGGCGGGCGAUGCCAGCCCUCGAGUGACCCGCGGUUGUGUGUACGUUGGGCGCCAUGCUGUGGGUGGUGGUAGUGGUAGUGGUGACGGCGGUGGCGGGCCAGGAGCCCCCCGUGCCCAAGGACCCUUCCGACGACGGCCCCCCGGCCCCCGCCCCCGAGGCAGCGGGGCCCGCCGAGUGCUUCACCGCAGGGAGCGUGGCCGGCGCCGUGGUGGGCACCUUCGCCGCCACGCUGCUGCUCCUCGCCGCCGCCGCGCUCGUCUACAAGUUCUACUGGCGCGGACGCAGAGUGUAUCUUUUUACAAAAGCGUUCCAUGUUGUGUCGCCAUCAUUACUUGUGACAUCCUGCUCGAGGAAUUUCAACACUGCAAUCCAAUUCAAUCCUUACAGAAACUCUGAUGAAUAUUAUUUUUUGAAAUUCUACUUUUUUCUUUCCACUCUCGCGAAUGGCAGUCCACUUGCCCGAUCACCUCCCGAGAAAGAUCCUAACAGGAUUGAUCAAAAGGAGGCGCUGGCGGGGCCGGCGCGCGUGGUGGCGCUGCGCAGCCGCGACUUCACCGGCCUGGGCUUCAACGUGUGCGGCAACAUGCGCGACGGCAUCUUCGUGCGCGACGUGCAGCACCGCGGGCCCGCCUUCGAGUCCGGCCGCGUGCAGCCCGGUGACCGCAUCGAGGCCGUGCGCAUCAGCUUCCGGCACAUGGUGUUCGAAGACGCACUCACCAUCCUGAGCUACGCGUCGCCCUACGAGAUCAACAAGGCCAGCUUGAGACGUGUGCAGCAAAUGAAUGUUCUCGGUAACACCAAGAACUCACAGUCACAAGCCACUGAUGAGCCAGCCACAAACGAGUAUCCCACUCUCAAACUUUCCUCCUCUCCCACCCACCCUCCCAGGGAAAACAUUCGUCUGGAAAAGACGGCCCCCACGGCGGUGGUGAAACCCGAAAGAGUGAAGCGAGCGAGCACUCCGAAGGAACCUGAUUCGUCUCCGAGCGGAGACGCGGGGGCGCUUAACAAGCUGCAAAAAUUCGGAGUUCGCGUGCUGCCUGACCCCGCUCCCCGACAGAACGCGACGAUCGAAGCCGAGAAACACCAGAACGAACAGAACUUGAUCAAAGAAAGGGUUUCAACAAACCCAUUCACAGAUUCUCAGGGGCAUGACACUGUCGACGUAGAAAUGCCAAGCGAUGCAUCACUCCAUUACGACGAAAGGGGAAUUGAUGUAGGUCCAGUAGAAAUGCUUAACAGUUCCUCUCAGGAUCAGAAAUCACAGCAGAUCGAAAGACACUAUCAGAGAAAUGUAUCUCAUGAUGACGAAGAGUGGCACAAAGAAAAUAAUGUGAAACAUUUGUUAACAAAGGGGUUACAGAAUCUCAAAGAGAAACUGCAUCAUGAUAAAAGAAGUUCCGGUUCCCCUGAGUCGCCACAAAGGAUGAAAGAUAAGAAACAAAAACCAGCGCGUCAGCAUAAAACCUCCAUGUCGUCAGACAGCGAAGGCUUAGAUGGGGAGAGGCCCCACGAAGGAGUCAUGAAAUCAAAAAUUAGCACCAGAGAAGAGCCAGAGAAAAUAGAAAGGAAACGUCAAAAUAAUCCCAAAAACGAGGUUCUCAGCGAGCCUAUGCUGCUGCCCCCAGGUUCCGGAAUUCCAUCGGAAAUACCAGAAGAAGUGCAGAGAGCGGCCGCAGCGGCGCGCAACAACAGAAAGUCUCUGCAGUCAGCGGCGCACGCGCCCCUGGCGCCAGCCCCCGAAACCAGAGACAAGCUCGAAGCGGCUGCGAGCACGGCGCUUGCCAGAGAGAACAUCAGCGACAGCUCGAGCGACGAAGGCGGACACGAUGCCUCCACGGAUAGUUCGGGCCGCCAGCCCAAGAGGUCGAACAAACGCAAGGCCCCCCUCCCACCCGCAGAAGAUGCGGAGAACGCCCUCCUCAAUUGCACCCAGGUCGCAAGCAAGCGUGGAGCUGAUCAAGACGCACCCACGGAGAAUACAACCGAACAAGACGCGACUGCACAGUCAUGGAACGUAGGUAAAACUGAAAAUGUUCAAAGUAAAUCACCUGGAGAAAACGGAACUACUGCCAACUCACUCGCAAAUUUAGCUCGGCAAAGGAAUAAUCUUGAAUUAUCGAGAAUUCCAAUUUAUGCUCGUUAA